AUGUGGAGGAUUUCGAUGAGUACAAGCUGCAGAGCUUGUUUGGGGUUCAGGAGCUAUGGGAAAACAAAGGGGACUUGGAGCUUUCCCGCUGUGCGCACAUGCAGUGUUCCAGCCUUGCCUGCCCUCCCGAUCACAGCAGCUCAGGCGCUGGAGCUUUGGAGAAGGCAUUUUGAGGAAAGAGGUGUGACGGAGCCAGAGCAGUCGAGCCAGUACAUCAUCGCUCAUCUGCUCGGAGCUAAAACCAUAGAGACUCUUGAGCAAGACAAGUUAAGAGAAAUUCUCAGCCAAGAAAAAAUGGAACAAGUGUGGCAGCUCUGCACAAAACGCCUCUCAAGAAUGCCUGUCCAGUAUGUGAUUGAGGAGUGGGACUUCAGAGACCUGACGCUGAAGAUGAGGCCCCCUGUCUUCAUACCAAGACCUGAAACCGAGGAGUUGGUUGAACUUGUGCUAACGGAUCUGCAGAAGAAGCUCGGACCUGACAUCAGUGCAGAUUCUCAGCAGACAUGCUUGGAAGUGGGAUGUGGCUCCGGGGCAGUUUCUCUUAGCCUGCUAAAAACUCUCUCUCAGCUUAGAGCCUUAGCCUUGGAUCAGAGCCAGGAUGCGGUGGAUUUGACCAGAGAGAAUGCGUGGAGGUUGGGGCUUUCAGACAGAUUAGAGAUUUAUCACGUAGAUGUGAUGAAAGAGCCAGAAACUGUGCUGAGCCUCUGUGGAUCAGUCACGGCUUUGAUCAGUAACCCUCCAUACCUGUUCUCAGAGGAUAUGAUGUCCCUCGAGCCAGAAAUUUCCAGAUUUGAAGACCCUGCUGCUCUAGACGGAGGAGCAGACGGCAUGAAUGUGAUCAAGCAGAUUUUAACUCUGGCUCCACACAUGCUGUCAAAUCAUGGGCGUGUUUACUUGGAAGUGGACCCCAGGCAUCCCCCGCUUAUUCGAGAGUGGGCCGAGGUGAAUGUGCAGGCGCUGCAGUUUGUGGAAACGCGGCACGACAUGAGUGGCAGGCCACGGUUCUGCAUCCUUCAGAAGGAGGAGUCAAACGAGGACCACGAGGUGGAUCAGGAUUGA